AUGACGCGCAGCAAGAAUAUCCGCCUCUAUCGGGCGUGUCAGCGAUGCCGCCAAAGAAAGCUCAAGUGUGAACCGAUCACGCUGGAAGAUACUAGCUGGAGGUGUUUCGAAUGUCUUCGGGCAGGCCAGGAGUGCAAGCCCGCUGGAUCACGGCGCGGGGGAAACUUGCGGACCGGACAAGUGAAAUCACCACCUACAGUGUCCCAAGUCGUUGACCAAAAUAAUCAAUCGAAUGCGGUAGUCGUCGAAGACGGGACUCAGCCUGAGGAAACAAUAUAUCCGGAUCUGCAGACACCCUGCGACGCGUUGCAAAUGCUUGCCAAAUUGGCCGCGACAGACGCAACAGUAUCAUCUAACGCUACUCUUCGGCACAACUCCGUGUCCGACAAUGGGAUGCGGCCUAAUAUAGCAGCUACCCCGGAUUAUACGUUUCCUAAUCGCGAAUUGGGGUACAAUCAGCACAAUAUCGGCCCGAAUUUACCAUUCUCCACAGGGAUGCUUUCGGAGGCUGGAAACUUGGUCAAGAAUCUUUUGGGUCAUUCGAUAUGUGAAAGCUACGCACAGGAUUACCAUACGUUUUGCCCACUGGCACCGAAAAAGAUGCUCAAAACAACCAAUAUCGAUCAACUAGUAGUUGACGAGCCCUUUUUACUGACCGUCAUUCUCACGAUUGCCUCAAAAGACAACCCAGAGCUGCGUGCAAUCCACCAACACUGCUGGAAUUCAUUAAAGACGCAUAUGAUGGACAUAUUCCUUGCUGCUCCAUCCUCGUUAAAUGUGGGCUCGGUUGAGGGACUCAUCCUACUUUCCGAGUGGAUUCCGUACCAUAUUUCCGACUACUCUCUCGAUGACCAUCUUUACCAAGGGAAUAUCAGUGUGGUGGAGGACAACAUGGGAUGGUCUUUGAUCGGACAAGCAAUCCGGCUUGCAUAUCUUUUGCGUCUGGAUAAGGUUUCGUUUCGUGAGGUACCACCUGGCAUUUCGCAAGAGCUAGCUCAUCGACAUCGCUUGGCAUGGAUAUUUGUUUAUAUAUCGGAUCGGCAAGUAUCAGUUCGCAUGGGCCAGUCUUUUUGGUCGCGUGGGCCGUCAUUAUCUACCCGUUUCACAGCUAAGGAUUUCCCUACCUUGCAAUCCGUGGAAGAUUCGCAUCACCUCUAUGCCUCUGUUUUAGACGCAAGUCUCGAACUAACGCAAAUAUUACACAACACCCACGACCUUCUUUAUUCCAAUAAACUGCGUAUGGCGGAAAUGAUGCGUCGAGGAGACUACAACCCUUAUCUCGACGAGCUUCGGCACGCUUUGUCACUAUGGCGGACUACUUGGGGUAAACUAGAGCCAUCUCCCAAGCUCUACAGUACUCUUCGUAUAGUAAGCGAAUAUGUGUGUCUUUAUAUCAAUGCCUUUUCCUUCCAGUCAAUGCUUUCUCGCUUUUAUAUGGAGAGGGCGGGGGAUCAUGCCGCCGGACAGGCCAGGCCUUCUUCAUCGUUAUUCCCUCGGGGGGUAUUAGGAUCAGCCGAUGGGGUAUAUAUCUUUGAGGCUAUCAAUGCAGCACGCAAUAUCUUAUUUAUUGCAAUCGAGACCGACCCGGUUGCUCAUAUUCGCUAUAUGCCAUUUCGAUUUUAUGUGUUGGUUAUGCCUUUCAUAUCUAAGACGACCCCAAGACUAACCCUAGAACCCAGAUAUACCAUUUAUGCUGCCGUUUUUCUCCACAAAGCUGACAUUUUCGGCGCUUUCUCCGAAUUCGAACACAGUCAGAUUGUCGAUCUGGUCAGAGGGUACAUUCGCGUUUUAAACGAUGCCGCCACCGGGCCCUCGCACAUAGGCCAUCGGUAUAAUAAACUGUUGGAAAAGCUGUGGUUCAAUAACGAAGCACAAACGACGGCAGCAACAGUAACAGGAGCAAACUCUGGGUAUUCGUUGAGAAAUGCAAGUCAAUCGAUGCCUCAAUCGCAUAAUAACCAACCAGUGGGUUCGAUGGAUAAUAGUACCUCAUAUGCUGCAGAAUUGCCGCCAUCAUCAUUUAGAGAUUUGAGGCCGCCUGAAAACAUGAUUGACGAGCUGAAUCCCUUUUUGGCCAAUUUCACGGGCUUGGAUAACUAUGUUUUUAAUCUCGAUCCGGAAACGGACAUUUAUUAA